AUGGUUUUUACUGAGCCUGGACAACGUUCGAACAAAUAUAAAUCUAGUUCUUCGAAAACGGACGCGAACACAGCUUCGAACACAACUUCGAACACAACUUCUUACACGUUUUCAGACACAACUCCAAUAAAAAACAAUGACAGAACCCUUGGCUUCGAACACAUUUAUGUUAUUCACCUUGAACAUCGGAAAGACAGACUUUUCAAGAUGAUGGCCAUAGAGAAGGAACUUGAU